GACGUCUGCCCAUGUCUCCCAGUCGAUGACGAAACAUUAUUCAAGUGAAAGAGUAAUUGAAACUAAAAUAAUUAGAAAAUAUUUUUAAAAGAACCAGCGAGGAAAGUUAAUUAAAUCUAUCAUUUUUGGGAAAUAGUUGUUAUUGUUUUACAAAAUGUCGGAGACGGAUGCCUACACUGAUGUGGUGGAACUCUGUGCGCUGCUACAAUGCCUGGGCUUCAACGUUAAAUCUGUUGAGACAAACGAUGGUAACGUGAGCCAAGAGGGAGGAGUGCGCACUAUAGUCAUUAACUGCCAGGCGUCAGGUCUCCACGUGGUGCUGGAGAGCGGCAACCACUCCUGCUCGUGUCCCGCGCUCAGCCAGCAGAACACCAGCGUAUGGCAGGUGUCCGGAAUCACCGGGGGCAAACACUUCAGCAAAGAAUACGGCAGCGCUCUCCUGGGCUCCCUGCCCAAGGCGCACCGCGACCGUCUGACGGCAGAACUGCAGGAGAUAGUGCGGUGCAUCAGGGACCACAACGACGAGGACCGGCACAAACCCGCCAACCGGUCCGCCAGCAUGGUGGAGAUCACGCCGGAGAAACGUCACCUAAUGCUGAAGACAGAUACGCCGUCUCGCUGUCGCUCGCUAGACGCGCUGAACAGCAAGGAGGUGGACAUAGAACUACCGGCGCCCGGACCGCUGCAGAAACCGGCAGAUACCAGCGACCCCAAGAAGUUGAUGUGCCAAAGACAAAGCACGUACACGCUAGUGACGACUCCGGCCAGUGUGCGAAGACGUAACAAAACUUCAAGUCCUAUUCAAGAACAACAAAACUCGCUACUGGAGAGCCUCAUAGCUGCUGAGAAACUCGCAGAAGAUCUGAGGAACCAGCUGGCCCAUACAGUCAGGGAGUAUAUGGAAGAAGGCAAGCAUGAGUCCUCGAUGUCGUCUCUAGCGUUGGAUGUCUCCAAGAUAUCAGUAUUAAAGGGCCCAGAAAGUUCGAAAAUCCAAUUUUCCUCAAGUCCCAAUCUAACGGGUAUGGGUGUGCAUGAUGACGUUGUUAGAAAGCUGAAACGUACCGAGAGCGCGUCCACGUCCAACCUAGCGAGAAAACCAACUCCGAAAGAAGGGAAGCUAUCGAAAUUACGCCGAUUAUCACCUAAUUUGUUCAAGAAGAACGGGCCAGGUGCGAAAGAAAAGGAUAAAACUGAAGAUAAGAAUAAGUUGAAUUGUUUAUCCAGACCUAAGAUUGUUACUCCUGUACGGAUUCCUAAAGGCAAUUCGGAGUUCAGUCCGAAUCUGAGUGCCAGCAGAAAGAAAUAUAGCCAUGUUAAAUCAACUAUACCGAGGCCAGCAGCAAAAAAGGAGUAACUUGUUUUAAACUGUUUAUUUUAUCAAAAUUGUUUUAACAGAAAUAAAUAGAGUAUCCAAAUAAA